AUGGCGACUAACAAUUUCAAGCCCGCACUGAUCAUUGUAGAUCUGCAAGAAGACUUCUGCCCACCGAACGGUUCACUUGCAGUGACCAACGGCCGUGACAUAAUCCCCACCGUUAACAAGCUCCUUGACCUUCCCUUCGUCAUCAAGAUCGCGACCAAAGACUGGCAUCCCCAAAACCACAUUUCUUUCGCGUCAAACCAUGUCAACAAGAAACCCUACGUCGAUUUCACAACCAUCAUCAACCCCUCCAACCCCGCAGAGACGUACGAGACAAGACUCUGGCCAGAUCAUUGCGUGCAAGGUACCAAGGGCGCGGAGCUGAUUCAUGAGCUUGAUAUGAGCAAGAUUGACAAGGUUGUGGAGAAGGGACAGGUCAAGGAGGUUGAGAUGUACUCUGCAUUCUACGAUCCGCUUGAGAAGCCGAGGGUUAGUGAUAGUGGUCUUGCUGGAGUCUUGAGGGAGAAGGGAGUCACGGAUGUUUAUUGUGUGGGAUUGGCUUUCGAUUAUUGUGUCAAGUGUACGGCGGUUGAUGCUGCGAAGGAGGGGUUCAAGACGUAUGUUGUGGGCGAGGGAACGAGGGCAGUUGAUCCGUCGGUUUGGGAAGAGAUUAAAGGGGAGUUGAAGGGUAAGGGAGUUGAGGUUGUGAACUGUGAUGGUGAUGAGGUUGCUAGGGUUGGGAAGGUCUAG